AUGGCGGCUACUGUCGCACAGUCGCAGGCGCCAGCCAACUUGCCUUCGAAUGGCCUUACUUCGUCAGCUGCGCCAGGCUCCCAUGCAGCGCAUGAUGAUCAUUCUUUUCACAAUUGCCAGGCGCAUUCAAAAAUACAGGGCGGACAAGCUGAGUCGUCACCACAAACCCACAGGUUUGAGCCCAGCAACUUCAACGUUGUUCGCACCUUGGGAACAGGCACAUUUGCGCGAGUAUGCCUUGUCCGGCCGUCCAACGCCCCCAAUAUCCCAUUAGAAAGGGACACCACGGGCACCGCCCAAGUAUACGCCCUCAAGAUCCUGCGCAAAACACAAGUCAUCAAACUCAAGCAAGUGGACCAUGUCAGACAUGAGCGAGCCGUCUUGGCCGAUGUAGCCGGCCACCCCUUCAUCACCAACCUGGUCGCUUCAUUUUCAGACCACGACUCGCUAUACAUGCUCCUGGAUUACGUCCCCGGCGGUGAGCUAUUCAGCUACCUCCGCAAAUUCAGGCGCUUCGACGAAGCCACCGCCCAAUUCUACGCCGCCGAGAUUGUCCUCGUACUGGAAUACCUGCACGAGCAGCAAGGCGGCGUGGCCUACCGGGACCUCAAGCCGGAAAACCUCUUGCUGGACAAGGACGGCCACAUCAAACUCGUAGACUUUGGCUUCGCCAAGCGACUAGGCUACAAGGGCGACCAUCCCGUCGAAACAUAUACCCUCUGCGGCACGCCCGAAUAUCUAGCCCCCGAAGUCAUCCAUAAUAAGGGUCACACCACAGCUGUCGACUGGACAGACCCAAAGAAGAAGAGAAGACUAACAGGCGGAUUAAGAAUUGUCGAAAAACCAGUCGCAUUCCCCCAUGACCCGCCCAUAUCCGACGAAGCCAAAGACAUCAUCUGCUCCUUCUGCACCAUCGACCGCUCCCGACGCCUCGGCAAUAUCAGCGGCGGCGCCGCCCGCGUCAAGGCUCACCCCUUCUUCCGCAACGUCAACUGGGACGACCUGCUCAACCGUCGACAACUAGGCCCGAUAGUCCCGCCGAUAAGGUACCCGGGCGACUCGCAGUGCUUCGAUGUAUACCCCGAGGACGACGGCCGGCGAGAGCGGUACACUGAGGAAAUGGCGCGGCAGUAUGAUCCGUAUUUUGCGGAUUUCUAA